AAAAGCUUAUGACAGCGUUUUCUAAUAAAGUUUGUGUUUUAGCUAGCCAUACGCAGUCCUUAGAAGAUUAUAAAUCAUACACUGCACGCCUUUUAGAGGCACUAACGAAAAUUGAAAGGAAAGAAAGUUUUGAAAAAUACCAAGUAGAAGAAUUAAUUGCGCCUUUAAAAAAUAUAUAUAAGGAAAAUAAACAACUUAAAAAAGAAAAUGAAGAGUUUAAACGCCUUCUUCAUACCCAAAUGAAGCGCAUUGAAAAAUUAGAGGGCGAGCACUGUGAACUCUUAGAAGACCAAUUUGCCUUGAGGAAUUUGCUUGAAGAAAAACAAAAAGAUCUUCUUCAACUUAGAUGCAGCGAAAAUUUUGAUCCUAACAAACAAGAGGGGCAGGAAUUUUUGUUUCACGAUUCACUUGCCUCUGAACUUUCGACAGCGUUUACGGGCGGCGUAAACCCUGUGAAUCCCUCUGGUAGUAUCGCAGGUUUGGCUGAUAAAACUAAUGACUCGAGAGGGCAUGACUUGUUUAAGGAAUUCUACGAUUACAAAAAAGAACUGAAACAUUUACGCGCGUUAUUAGUGAAGGAGAGAAAUAAAAACAUUCGGCUUCACGUUAUGUGUGCCAAAGGACUUAACGACCAAUGGGAUUUACUGACUUCGAUUCAUCGAAUACUUACAAAAUUUGCGCAAUGCAAGCCACUUGAAAAACCGUGCAAAGAAUUGGUUAACGCCACCCUCUCUCACUGCAAAUCGGAAACGCUUCAAUGCGCUACUUUGACCAGCUUGCCGUCACAUGCCACUUCAGGACAGCUUGUUAGUGCGGUUUUUCUGCCCCUCAUAAGUCUUUGUAAAAUUGUGGAUGCGCAUGUGGGACGUUACGAUAGCAGCCCCGAGUUACGUACAGGGCGUAAAGUUAGAGCCAUAAGACUACAGUAUAUGAAGAAACUGGAGGAUACGGAGCUGAAUAAACGGAGGGCUUUAUUAACAUCUUCUACAGUGGAAGAGCUGGCUGUUUGCCCAAGCCUAUGCGAAAUCGAUAAAGUUAACUCCCUAAAACCUGGAAAGUUGUGCCAUUUGUAGAUAUUUCCUAACCUGUUAAUACAAGAACUACAAUUGGCUUCUUUAUAACUUUAAUUUGGCAUAACAAAAAUACAGGAAUGAGGCAGAACUGAUUUCUGUGGAGUCCACCGCCUUCGUACCGCCUAUUAGUGGAGCCUUGCUGGAAGCAUUAUUACCAUAUGUAAUGCUAAGAGAAAUGCCAUUAGAGCAGUGGUUUUUUCCAGGUGCACUUUGGGUUAGGUUUCGAAUGUUGAUCGGCGGAAUAUGUUAAAAAAUACGCUUAAUUAGAUUACUUAACUCUGAUUAACUUGGUUUACAUCACAUUUAUUAACUUGGCAAGUAAAACUAAAAAAAAAUGUACUCGAAAAAAACCGUAGUGUGUUGCGUAGUAGGCUAGAUGCAGUUAUCAUAAAAAGUGACUUAGCAGCUUAACAACGGUUUUCUUCUUGCUA